AUGGGUCUGGCGGAGACGGACAAGGCGGAGACGGGCGAGGCGAUGCGGCUGGGGACCGACUGGAUGACGGGCAUGAUCAUGGUGGUUCCACUCAGCAGCGAUGAGUCAAACGAAGGCUAUUCGCUGAGGAGCGGCUGCGGCGAGGACGAGGACAGCUCGGACGGGAGCGAGAGCAGGAGCAGGGGCUGGAGUCAGCAGGGAGGGGACGGCGACAAUGUACCGCUCUUCUCGGCUUCGUCGACGGACUCGCGGUCGACGGCGUACACGUAUCUGUCGACGCCUCCGCGCCCGGACGCGACGCCGUCGCCAUCGACCCGGCUCUCGCCGCCGCUGUUUUCGCUGGAGGAGAUUGUGGCGGCGUCCGACUCGGACUCGUCGCUGGCGGCACUGUCGCCGACCAUGACAGACUCGCCGCUGGCGGCGGUUGCACCGGCCUCGAUGCAAGUUGGUCCGCUCUCGCCGCGUCGGCGGCAGCCGCGGCGUCAGGCCGAGGUUGAGGCGUCGACAGAGGCGGCAGCAAUGGCGCUGGUGCGGUAUGUGCGGGCGCGGAGUGGCGGCGGCGGCGGCGGUGGUGACGACGACGGUGAGCACGACAGUACGGUUAGGGCGCGUGAGCAGCGACUGCUGCUUAUCUCGGUUCUGGACCAUGUGGUGACAACGGCGUCGGGGUUGGACAUGGGGCCUGGUGGGGUCUUCUCGCGGGCGUCGAUCAACGCGCUUUGCACCCAUCUCUUUCAGACGGGCGCGCUCGACCGGGAAGCAUUCUCAUCCGAGCUUGCCGAGGCACGGGCGCGGUUUGCGCACGCGCUCCCGACCACUCUGCCGAACCUUGUAGUCUCGGCGGCGGACCCGGGUGCCGGGCCGGCGCUGGCCAUCGGGCGGGCGGCACCGCUGGCCAGCGCCGCGACGCACUCGCGGUAUGCGGCCGAGUUUGAGGAGGUGGUGCGUCUCGGCAAGGGUGGCUUCGGCGCUGUCUUCAAGGUCCGCAACAAGCUCGAUCGGCAAGAGUACGCGGUGAAGAAGGUACGGCUGCCAUCGCUCGCAUCUGGCCUUGUUUCCAAGUACCUCCGCGAGGUGACUCACCUUGCGCGGCUCUCGCACUCGCACGUGGUGCGGUACUACGGGGCGUGGAUCGAGAUGCUCCCGCCGGGCCUCGCCGUUGAUGAUCCGUACGAGUACGAGGAGUACGAGUACGACGACGCGAUGAGCGCGCGGUCGCAGGUGGUGUGGAAUGCGCCACUGCCGGCGACGUCGUCGGUCGGCGGCGCCUUUCGCAGCAUCGGCGAGGCAGCAUCGGUCUUUAACUCGCGGACAACGUCGUCAACGACUGGCGGCGGCUCGUCGGGCGGCACUGGCGGAGGUGACGGCGGCGCGCUUGUCCGGCGGCGGUCGCGGAUCCCGUCGACGGCGCUCGCACGCGCCCACGCUGAGCCGAGCCUCAUCCCGCACCUGUUCAUCCAGAUGGAGUUGUGCUCGGACGCGACGCUACAGCACUACCUUGAGGCGAACAGCACUUGCCCUCAUCCGUUCCCGGGUCCGGAGCUUCACCGGCGGAUCCGUAUUGCGCGGUCGCUGCUCCAUGCAGUCGCCUACGUCCACGCCUCGGGCAUUCUGCACCGCGACCUCAAGCCGGCCAACGUCUUCCUCACCACCGACUGCGCAGUCAAGCUCGGCGACUUUGGCCUUGCCGUCGAGCUGCUGCCUGCCGAUGUGGUCAACGCGUCGCCUACCGGCACGCCGCUCUCGUCGCCGCGGGCUGACAUGGCAGCGAGCGAGCUGACGGCGGACGUGGGGAGCUACACCCGCGCGCCGGAGCAGAUGGCUGGCGGACGGUACGGGUCCAAGGCCGAUGUCUUCUCGCUCGGCAUUCUCCUCUUUGAGCUCUUCUCGCAGUUCUCGACAGGCAUGGAGCGGGUGCUUGCCAUCCGGCAGCUGGCGAGCAUGUGCGCGCCCGGGAGCGGCGCAGGCGACGGCAGCCCGGACGCAGCGUUUCCGACCGAGGGCGGCUGCUUUGCAGCGUAUCCGCACGUUGCCUCGAUCAUUGCGCUGAUGGUGGCGCACAACCCGGCGGAGCGGCCGUCGCUCCCGCGGCUGCUCGAGCUGACCAACGACCUCGGCGUCGACUCGGCUUCAACCGCCGCAGAGGUCCGGGUUGCGCAGCAGGCGCGCAUCAUCGAGCGCCAGGCCAGGGUCAUUGCUGCCCAGGCCGAAGAGCUCGAGCAACUCAAGGCCCAGCUGGCCGCACUCGGCGCUGAUGCCGGCGGCCCAGCGGGCGAGUAACAGCAAGAAAUGGACCAUGCAGGCGCGGGAGAGGUUAUUUUUUAUAGGAUGCGGUGCACGGGAGAGAACCGCGUCCGUUAAAGCGCGUCGAGGAGCG